ACAACAACUACAAGCACGUAUGAUGCUACAAAGUUUUGUAAGCACUGUAACGGAGUUGGAUAUUCUGAAGAUGGGUGUUUUCAAAUCAUUGGCUACCCUAAAUGGUGGGUUGAAAUAUCUCGUGGUGGUAGAGGAUAUGGUAGAGACGGCAGAGCUGGUGGUAGAGGCCGAGGUAAUUAUGUGCCUGACAGAGGUGGAAGAGGAUAUGGCAACACCAAUACGGGUGCGUGCAAAUAAUCUGAAUGUACCAUCAACACAGCAAUAUAGUGGUACUAUAUCUGCAUAUGGAGCUGGCUUGGUUGGCGUAACAGCGGCUCAACUUCAACAAGUGCUGGACUAUUUGAGUUCAAACAAAUCAAAACUACAAUUGCAAGGACCGGUUGACGAGGAAGGUGAUUGGAGUGGGGUGAGAGACAAGGUGGACUAUAUCUGUUUCGUGGUGUACCUUCAUUUAAAGUGCUUGCAGUUCGUGGAGAUUCGUAUGAGCUAUGGCAUCAAAGAGUGGGACAUCCGGCAGAGAAAGUAUUACAAAAGAUACCAUCUAUGAGUAGGUUAAUUAGGAAGAAUAAUAAUGCUUGUGAUAUAUGUCCACGAGCAAAACAUCGUCGAAGUAGUUUUCCUAAUAGUCAGAGUAGAGCUAGCUGCAUAUUUCAGUUAGUUCAUUUGGAUUUAUAGGGGCCUUACAAGACACAUUCGUCUUGUGGAGCUCAUUA